GUCUGGCACUCUUUUUUAGAGGCCUUUAACGGAAGGGCCUUGUGGAUGUCUGGCCCGGUCAGCAAUUUUGACCUAGAGCUGUACACAGACGCGGCCGGGGGAUCAGGCUUUGGGGCCUUUUUUCAAGGACAGUGGAGUGCGGGCCCCUGGCCUCAGUCCUGGCUGUCUGCGGGUUUUACAAAAAAUUUGGUGCUGCUGGAGCUGUUUCCAGUGGUGCUGGCGGUUGAGUUGUGGGGCACGUCUUUCCGGGAUCGGAAGGUGCGCUUCCAUGGGGAUAACCUGGGGGUCGUGCAGGUGAUAAAUCGCGUGACCGCGUCUUCUCCCCCAGUGAUUCGGCUCCUGAGACACUUGGUACUUCGGUGUCUGCAGCUGAAUGUGUUUGUUUAUGCGGUGCAUUUACCGGGGGUUGAAAAUGUCGUGGCUGAUGCUUUGUCUCGGUUCCAGUGGGACAGGUUCCGGGAGUUGGUGCCGGAAGCAGAGGAGCGAGGGGUCCCCUGUCCGGAGUGGCUGUGGCAGAUUCCAUUGGAAUCAUCUCCACCUGGAUUAAAAAAUCGGUACUGGACCUUUGUUGGUCUGGAUUUUGGGCCACUCUUACGUGGUUCGGGGGGAAAAACGGGCGGAGGCACGCCCGACCGGUUGGCAACUGGGGAUUUCGAGACAGGAGGCGAGGGUACGGUGGUUGGGGGUCCCCGGGAUGUUAUGGAGCAGAGUUGUGCCGGAGGUAUACAAAUGGGCACGUUUGGACAGACCUCCGGAGGUGCUAGUGAUUCAUGCUGGGGGCAAUGAUCUUGGGGUGAGAUCUAUGCUGGAGAUAGCGCGGGAUAUUAAAUUCGAUUUUCAGCGGCUCCGGUUGUCUUUCCCGGAGACGGUAGUGGUGUGGUCGGACAUGGUGGCUAGGACAUCGUGGAGGAUGGCGAGGUCGGUAGACGCGGU